AUGGACGUUGAUUCAGUUUGCGCCACCCGCAUACUCAUGUAUUUAUUAAAAUGCGAUGAAGUGCAACAUUCAGUAGUGCCUAUUGAAAGUUGGGACUCACUUAAAACUAAAUUAUUCGAAUAUUCAAAAGUCAAAUCUUCUAUUGUUUUAAUCAACUGUGGAAUUAAUAUUGCAUUAACACAACUUUCAAUACCUAAAAUUUGUCACAUUUAUAUUAUUGAUUCGAAAAGGCCAGCAAAUCUUGAGAAUGUAUUCGAACCAUCCAAUAUUCACUUAUUGCUUACUGAAGCAGAUAUCGCAGAAAUGGUCUGUCCCCGUCCUGAAGAAGUUCUAUAUUCGUCUGAUGGAGAUAGUGGAGAAGAAUUGGAUGAUACUUUACAGUCUGCUGAAUCAGUCGCUCGAGACUCUGAGGAUUAUGAACCUAGCCAAAAAAGAAGAAUUAUUGAAAGUAUUGAAACGAGGGAGCUGCGAAAAGCUGCUCGACAAACGAAGAAAAAGGAAGUGCAGAGAAAACUUUGGAAUUAUUAUGAAUGUACGUGGUACGCCGCUUCGAGCUCUAUAUUACUUUUGGAUAUUGCUUGUGAAAUAGGCAAAGCGACUGUGGAUUUAAUGUGGUGUGCUGUGGUUGGCCUAAACAGUCAGUUAAUGGAUCAUAUAAUUUCGCUUGAUCAAUACACGGAAAUUUGCUGUGAUCGCCUUGCUAAUCAUAUACGGAGGUUUUGCACAAAAGGUUCACGUGAAGUGAGAGGAGACGACGUUCUACGGAUUUACUUCGACAAGGAAUUACCUUUGCCGAUGUAUGCGCAUUGGACAUUGAAAUCAACUAUGCAGCAUGAUCAAUACUAUGCUUGUUUGACAAAGCAGUGGCAUCGCAAUGGUGAAUAUGCCUUGAAGGAAUUAUAUUCAAAAUUGGGGCUACUCUCAUUAUUACUGGUUAGGCUUUCUCCAACGGCUACAAAGAUAAGACGUUACCAAGCAGCGCGGUCUGAUGAUAUCAUCGACAGUAAUAGAAGCCCUUCCUUUUUCCAUCGUCUAAGUCCAUAUAUUGCUGGUCCUAUAUGUUCAAAGAUCACUUUGGAAGAAGUUAAUCAAAAUUUCAAUUCACUAAUUCAGAAAAGGAGGCAAGAAAUUUUCGAUAUUAUUGAAAAAGAUAUGGAUAUUGAAUUUGCAACAUUUUUCGCUUGUAUCGGCUAUUCGAUUAGGUAUAAUGCAUGUGAUUUUGCUUGUGUUCUUGCAUGGAGUCUCGAAGCAAAUAUUGAAAAUAAUGCAUGUUACGAUAGGUUUACCGCUACAACAGGAAUCAUAAGUAAAUAUCUCGAGAGUCUUGGCGAUUUAGAAAGAUUAAGGUUGGCCACCAUGAAGUAUAAGGAAGCUACAGAAAAAAUCGCUAAUCAAAUUAAUUAUAUAUUGAAUUUUAGUUUCAUUAUUGCAAUGGGCCCAUAUUACCUCUUGUAUGUGCCAAAGAAUGCAUGCGAUGGUUUAUUGGUCAAUUCGAGGCAUUUUCUUUUCAAAUUCUGUUAUUUUGUUCAAAAUGCUUUCAUUGAACAUCGUCGAGAAAAAAAGUGUUCCUCGCUUCCACUGAUAAUAUCGAUUCCACUUUCUGGAAGUGACGAAGGUUGGCAGCUUGUGACAGGAUUAAUGCCUUAUAGUGUCGUUAAACAAUCGAGUGGAUUAUUGAAAAGUUUUAUUGGGAAAGCUUUUGAAGAAGCUGCCGCAAAUUGUAAACUCAAAGAUAUUCAAUGCAAAUCUUUUGAUUCUACAGUUAUAAGAAUACGUUGCCAACAUCGUCUUAAAUUUUUUGAAGCUCUUCAAAGCGUUUUCGAAAUAAAUGAAGCAGAAUAA